AUGCAAUGCUCGCGCUGCCUGGCGGCUUUUCUGCUGGUGAUGCAUGCAGUGGGAGGAGAAGAGAAGAGAGAUCUCGGCGUUCUGCGUCAGUUAGGACACCAUGAAGACUCCUGGUCCUUUCCUGCUAUCGUGACCUCAACUUGUCUCCCUCCUGCUGUCUCGCCUGGUUUCUUGUCUGGCCGCAUCUAUCACAGCUUCCUUGGCCCGCGGUUCGAUCUGUGUCCGCGGGAGUUUGCGGUUCCAUUCCACCAUGACACCGUCGUCAUGCGUUCUUACUUGUUGGUUCGACCAGUGGACCAGGAGAACUGCCGCAGCAUCGUCGCACUCGUGGCUGAACGAUUAGCGAGACACCCCAGCCAUAAACGAUACGCGAAGAUGAGAAGCUGCGUCAGGUCUGUAGCAAAGAGAAUGCUCGAAGACUGGGAGUAUGAGAUUGCGGUCAACAUGUUCGCCUCUGAGCUAUCUCUCAGAAGCAGAGUGAAUACAGCUUUGCUCUGUGAUGCGUUGCAGCAACAGAUUACCCUGUUCGAUGCGUGGACAGAGGAUCGCCUGCAAGAGGUUGAAACGCGUGAAAUUGACCUGCCUGACUUGACAAGUGCGAUUCGAUUGGCAACGACGCAAUGCAACAUCACCUUAUGGUGGCUGUGCAACGAUACAAGGCCCGAGAGUGAAGCCUUGGAGUUGUUGACACGAUGGAAUUCGUUGCAGUUGUUGGCCUCCAAGACUGUUGAUCAAGCUCUUCGUAUUCUUGUCCAUGUCUGCAACAAGCUAGUGGAUGAUGCAUACAUGCGAUGGUUGGGAAGGCCAGCAGAUACAGCAGGGUUGAAGGCAUACUCGAGUCUGAUCCUCAAUGAGGGGAAGACUGCUCAGCACAUGAGAGCAAUCCUGCAAGAAAGUGACGAAUACAAGGGGAGGUGCAAGAGAUUCGAUUGCACGUCAGCAGGAACGAUGGUAGAAAAGGCCUUCUUGGACGAGCUGCUCCGAGAGCCCGAGCAGCAGGCGGUGGAAUCCUACUCAAACCUCCUCAUCAGCACUGGAAACCUCUCCCUUGUCGUUGAGAUUCUCAGAAACUCUUCUGAAUAUGCGGAACUUCACCGCAUUAAGGGACGGGCAGAGCAGGUCGGUCGGUACGUGCGCAUGCUUGACGACAGUGACGAGGAGUGGCAGACACUCAAGGAGGUAGAGGCGGUGUUUGCUGAGGUGUUGGGAAGGAAGCCGGACAGGAGAGGAGCCUCUUCCUACACGCGUGAGAUUCUGUUGGGACAUCUGACGCCGCAGGAGCUUAGAAAUGCCUUGCAAGAGAGCGACGAGUUCAACAACAUCGCCUCCUUCCUCUCUCGCUCCUUGACACUCACUGAGGCUGUCAAAUGGUCCCUCCCAACCUGUCUCAGUGACCUGCCGCUCGCAUCCCUCCUAAGCAAAGAGCCUCAGAUUGAAGUUUACACCUACUCCUUGUCUUUUCUCCGAUCACGGCGAGAUUACGGAGCAGGCAGUUCGAGUCUCGAUGUGUUGGAGAAGAAGAUGAGGAAUGAAUCUAAUCAUAUGAAGGCAUUGCAAAACACAACCGACACGUACACCAAGUGGUUGGACGCGGUUCAAACGAUGGUCUCUCUCUUCGACCUCUUCGACUUGUCUCUGCCUGAGGAGAUUCAUUCCUGCUUUCGCAAGGGGAUGGUUUACAGCUCAGCUCAGAGCAAGCUCGGGUCCGGGAGCGGCCGAAUCGUCUCCUCCAUGUCUAUGCAGAUCGAUGAGCGAGAGAGUUUGUCAGAGAGGAAUGCUUUUAUGCAGACCGUUGGAGUCCAUGACGGUAACGUUUUCUGGCCAAGAUCUUCCAACGAUCUCUUUCACGAGUUUGAAUGCCACAACACCGGCAAGCUCCUUGCGCAGCUGCAGAACCGUUGGAACUCUCAUUCUCCUCUCUUCCACAACGCGACCUGCAUAUCUCCGCGAGGCUCUUGGCAGCAACACGAUGGUGAAACCACGUUUCCUCUGGCUAUGUACGUCAACGACCGCCCUCUCUACUUUGCAGAGGUCAUCCGCAGCCUUCAGGCCGCCAGAAGCGUCUCAACCAUCAAGCUGCUCGUCGUCUCUCUUGACUCAGUUCGCCAGGACAUGAUCGAGCUAGUUCUCAACAUAGAUUUCCUUACUGUUCGUCUCCUCUUCCAUCCAGUCCGCGAAGAUCUGCUCAGCAUGAGCCCGGUUCUGGCGAUUAAGAGUCACUGGUGGUGGCUGCAGCACAUGAUAUGGAAUGAAGUAGAGGAGCUGAGGUCGUAUGAUGGGAACAUUGCUUUGCUCGAGGAGGAUCAUGUUGUGACCCCGGACUACGUUGAGCUCAUGCGUCUUCUCAUCGCAAUGCAGCAGAACGCUUGCCCGCAGUGCUGGGGGGUCUGCGUACGGCAUGGGUGUGCGAGCGAGAGGGAGAGAGACUUGUACAAGAUCUGCCGCACCCGAGCCGUUAUCAACACGGGAAUUUCUUUCAAUCGAUCCAUCUACAACCUCAUAACACAGUCAGUCUGUUACUAA